AUGAUACAACUAGCCAAGAACACAAAUGAUCACAUAAUUGAGACCAGAGCCUACCACAAGAACCAGGAUGCAUCCAUCAGAAACUUGGAGACUCAAAUAGGCCAACUUUCAAGACAACUUGCUGAGAGGAGUCAAGGAACAAUCCAUAGUGAUACCAUUGUGAAUCCAAGGGAGCACUGCAGUGCCAUCACUACUAAAAUGGAGGAGCUAGAAAAAGAGGAAGUUGAAGUUUCUACAGACAAGAAUGAGCACAUCCAAGAAGGCAAAGAAAGGGCAAAAGAGCAACCUUCUGCAGUUCAAAAGAACAUAUAUAUAUCUCUGUCUAAACUCACAAUGUCUAGGAAUAUCUUAGCCGUUGUGAAGCCAAAGAUUUUUCGGGAAUACAUUGGGGUGAAGGAAGAGCCGGAUAGUUUAAAUGAUUUCCCUGAUGAAAUCAUCAACUCCAAGAUUGGAGAAUUCCACUUCAUUCUUGGAUUUGCAAUGGAGGACUAUGACAACAAUGGAAGAGGCACGGGAAUAUUCAAGCGGAGAUGGAACUAUGGAUACUUCAGUCCUGAAAAGAUAAAGAAACUGAAGAAUGAUCAUGAGAAUGAAGUGAUCAAGGUGGUAAUAAGCAUUGGAGGUCGUGCAAGUGGUGACACCAAAUAUCCAUUCAAUCCUGCUGAGAAAGAAGUAUGGAUUGAGAAGGCUCAAGAAUCGCUGAAAGAGAUCAUCAAAGACUACAAGGGUCAAAUUGAUGGCAUUGAUAUUAACUAUGAGAACAUAGAGUCCGAUGACUUUUCCCACUGCAUUGGGAAAGUUAUAAAUGGGCUUAAGAAUAAGGAUGGAGUGAUCAAUGUGGUAUCAAUUGCUCCGUCAUAUCCUGUCCAAGCCCACUACAAGAAAUUGUACAUGGCUAACGGAAAAGAUAUUAACUGGGUUGAUUACCAGUUCUAUGAUCAGAUUGUGUCCACAAAGGUUGAGUUUAUAAAACUCUACAGUGACCUAUCAAAUGUUUACGACAAAGAAAAACUGUUGGCAGGAUUCAGCACCGAUCCAAAUGACGCAGGUAAGAUAUCACGAGAGGUCUUCCUUGAGGGCUGCAACGACCUCAUCAGUUCCGCAUCACUCCCUGGCAUCUUUGUUUGGAAUGCUAAUGACUCUGCCCUCAAUGUCAUCUCCAAUGAUGUCCCUUUCUACUUUGAGAAGUUGGCACAACGCAAACUCACUGACUCUACAUCCUAA